AUGUUUUGCCGUUGAACGUUAUGCUGCAGCACUGCUAGCUAGCUAGCGUUAGCUGCAGUAGACUAGCUAGCUGGCUAGUAUUGUUGAAGGUAAAAUAUGGGUGAAGUUACUUUACAAGUUAACUGGUAUCAGACUCUCCCCCAGGUUGUGGGCCCAUAAGCAUGUCCACAGAUGACAGUAUCUCUGAGGAUGUGUCCAGCCUGGGGGCCCUGAGCCACUGCCAUGCCGGGGAAGGGGGCAAGGAAAGCGAGUCUUCAGAGGGAACCUCAGCAGCCUCUGGCCUGGGGCUGGGACUUGGGUUGGGGCUGUCCGGGACAGAGGAACCCAACGCCAACUCCAAGACUGAAGGGGGAACCGUAGAUGGGAGAGCUGAAGACGUCACACCAGCAUGCAGCCUCCCCCACAAGAUCAGGAGCCUGUGUCUUAGUACGGAGGAGGCCUUUGGGCCUGGCAAGAGUCUCCCCUUCAUCAACCCCUCCUCCCUGGAGACCCUCAGAGCUCUGGUCCAAGAGAUCCAGAGUAGUGGGGAGACUGACCCGGAGAUGUGGAAGGACUGUGAGGGUCGAUGGUUGCAUCUGUUCCAGCUAGUAGAGAAACAGUACCAAGAGCAGAUCCUGGCUCAGCAAGAACAGUACCAGUGCCAAAUACAGCUGAUUCAGGAUGAGAUCAAAGCCUUGGUUCAGCUCCAGAACCGCCAGACCAGCACACAGACCCACAACAAUUACCCAUAUACUGCUACCACCAACACACAGACACAUCACGAUUACCAAUCUACGCUGUUUACUGUCACACAGACACACCCACCCUACUCCUCUUCCCCUGCUGUUGCCACCAUCCACCCCUCACCCUCCACGGACCUUCCCAAUGGGAACCCGCCUCUCUCUGCUCCCCCCACCUCCCUCUCUGUCCCACAACCCCUUCUGAGCUCCACCUUCCCUCUACCCCCAUCCCCUCGGCCAGGGCCGGUCACCCCAAGAGAGAGGUGGGCUGAGGGGGCAGGGACGGUGCUGAGCAGUGGGUAUGGGACCCUGUCAGCCUGGGGGUCAGGGCUCGAGGGGACAAAGACUCUGGGGGGAGUAGAGGAGCGAGGCCGGGGGAAAGAGGAGUCUGGUUGGUCCCUUCACCUCCAGGACUACACAGAGACCAUUCUGAUUGGCCAGGAGGGUCAGAAGAGGAGUGCCUCGGCCAAUGAGGUGGCUCCUAGAGACAAUCCUAGUCCACCUGAGCAGCAGAGAACCUCCAGCCAAUCGCUGACCUCCUGGGCUCAAAGACAGAGACGCAGCAAACCCAAGAAGAGCACAGCGGGGCAGGCCCAACCUCCCCUUGCUUCCCCCCCACCCCUCCAGGCCCCAUUCCCGGGCCAGAGCGGCCCUCAGACCUCUUCCUCCCAUGAUCAGCAGCUCAGCCCCAGGCAGAGCCCUAGAGACAGCCCCCUGGAGAACACUGACCUCCAGGACAAGCAUGGGUCGGCUGCUACUUUCACCAACUCCUUCCCUCUGAGGAGAAGUGACAGCCUCAUGUCUGAGGCCUCAGGUCUGACGUACUGGCGCCUGGAUGAGAGUGAGCUCUACCACCCUCUACCUGACAGCUUCGACAGUGGAGCCUACCUGCUGCUGCAGGAGGCCUCUAUCAGUCUGACCUCUCCAGAGGACCAGAAGCGGUCUCUCAGAGAGAUCUACCACAGCAAGCAGAGAACUACUGAGUCUAAACACACUGACUGGGACCGCUCUCUCACCUGCAGCCCCACGUCACCACAGGUGUUAACUCUAGAUCCCACUAUUCAGCUCCGUCAAUCAGAUCGAACCUCCGGGUUCACCUCGCCCUCCCACUUCAGCAGCCCCUCCUACCCCACCCAGCCGCAGCUCUACCCCCGCGUUGACACCCCCGUCAGCCCAGACAGCAUGGCCGAGGGCAGUGCCAACCCCGGGGACACAGACUGCGCCUCCAGCCUCUCCGCCGUUGCACCUACCCUAGCCAGAGUGGCCUCUCCUCGGAUAAAACCAGCCCCGUCGCACCCCUCUACCUCCAAGCCCUUGAUGCUCCCCAGCAGCCAGCAACGCAAGGCCUUAGUCACUCAGGCCAGUGAGGAGGAGGGGAGUCACACACACACCAGCACCCUGAAGCAACUGGCUGUGUCUGGGAGGCAGACGCACUCUCACACACACUCCCGGAGCGGCCCUCGUAUGGAGAAAGCGGCGUCACUGGAAGACCCUGUGAUCGUCUCUCUGCUGAGAGAGAAGCUGAGGGAGAAACACACUCGUCAUGUAGCUGAUCUGAAAGCUUACUACGAGGCAGAGAUCAAAGUCCUCCGGGACAAACUGGACCAGAGAGACUUGCCUCACGACCUGGAGCAGAGCAACUACACACUCAGACAGAGGUGUGCUCAGCUAGAGCGAGCUCUAUCUGAAGCAAGCAGCCGUAUCCAGGAGCUGGAGAACAAGAACACCAUCCUAGAGAAACAACUGGCUGACUGGCCAGAGCGCUACGACACAGCCUGCUCCACGGCAACGUCCCUGCAGCAGCGAUUGGACGAAAGCAGGCAGUCAGGCAGGGAGAAGGACUCCUCGGCCGGCCGCCUCAGGACCCGGAUCCGGCAGCUAGAGGAGGCUUUGGAGAACGCCUGCAGAGAAACGCAAGAUAAGGAGGCCAGGAGGGAGAGGGAGUACAAGAUGCUGCAGGACCUUCUGGGAGAGUAUGACUCUCUGAAGAAAGACCACGGGGGGGUUAAGGACAACCUGGUGUCUACAGAGAACAAGCUGUUUGAUGCCAACGAGCAGGUUUCUGAACUAAAAAGGGUGGUCUGUAAACUGGAGAGCCAGGUGAAUCAGCUGGAGCAUGAGAACCAGGCCAGGAGUCGCCAGGCUGUCCACAACCACACACAGCCUUCUGGAGCUGGUCUGUACCACCAUCCGGACCUGUUGCUUUCGCCCAGCAAACACCCUUGGCAACCAGAAUCCACCUAUAGAAUUUCUCUUUGCCCUCAAACCGACCAAUCACACAGCACCAGGAAGUCUCCCAGUCCUCAAACUGACCAAUCGCAGAGUUACAGGAUGUCCCCUUGCCCUCAAAUUGACCAAUCAGGCAGCUCGGGCCACUUUACAGACCACACUGGCAGCAGGAGGUGUUUGUCCCCUCCAGAGCAUGAGCAGGAAAGGGGUGAGGUUGUGAGGGAGACUCGGGGGCCUCUGACCCCACUGAUGAGGGCCCUGAUAGAGCUGGAUGAGACCAGAACCACUGAGGACCGGGCCCCCUGUAAGACCAGCCACAGUACCUCUGACUCACUCUCACUGGCCUCCAGGCUGGGCAGCCGGAGGCCCACUGUUGGCUUCGUAGAGAGAAACCACAGAGAACCACCAACACAGGACAGGGGCGGGACUGGACAGGAGAGUGUUGUGUCCGGAUCUGAAAGAGGCAUGGUCUGUCUGAAUGGAGGCAGGGAUGGACCUCCCCAGGGUGUGGCUUCUCCUGGAAGGGCUGCGUCUGGGACAUUCAGGGGAGUGUGUCUCCUGAGAGCCCAGAGAAGUCUGUCUCCAGAAGGCCACAGGUCCUCCUCUCUGCCCCCCCGCGCCCAGAGGGCCACCUUCCCCCCUACCACACCCACUAAGAGAGAGACCCUGAUGACGCCUCAGUCGGCUAAAUCCAGCCCCAAACGCUGUCCUACAGAAAACUACUCCACUGCCUUUGGCAACCCACCACCACGACAACAGCAGCUACACAACAGGUUUGACGUGGCAUCAGACCAGAGACACCACUCCUUCCACAACUCCAGCCCCAGGAAGAGACUGUUUUCAGAAGCCACUCAGCGGUCAUCUGGUGGUUCAGUUGAGUCAUCGGGCAGUGUUGAGCCCCAGGAGGGGGUGUGUGGGCUGGGCUGGGAGGAGCAGGGGGCUGGGGGGUUAGGCUCAGACCUCCAGGACCCCGGGACAGACCUCCACUCUCUGGCCGACGCUGAGAGGCUGUUUGACGAGCUCACUAUGGAGAAACAACAGAUUGAGUCAGCGUUGAGCCGGAUGCCUGGAUCUGGUGGUAGGGUGAGCCUGCAGACCAGGUUAGAUGAGGUGGCCUUAGAGAAGCGUCUAGAGAGCGUAAACCGUGACCUGGGUUCCAUCCGCAUGACCCUGAAGAGGUUCCACGUUCUACGCUCCUCUGCCAACAUAUAGCAAUGUUUUUAUUAGAUGAUGCCAUAGGUAGGGUCUAGGGCUUUUCCUGCUCAGAUCGCAUGGUCAGGAAAAACUCCUUUUCCUAGUUAUAGAUGAAUAAAUAUCACCGUUUUCUGUGAUGUCGUUGGAUAAAGAACCCUGAUUGUUCUCUCUUAACUCGCCGGUUGGCAUUUAUUGAGAUGACUCGAGCAGCUCUGCAGUGGUCACACUAGCUGGCACAGUCACAAUGUCAUAAAAUCUGAUUUUAAAACCUUAACCAUACUGCUCACCCUAAUGCCUAACGUUAAAGGGACAUUUCAACAUUUUUCAACUUCGUAUUCAUAGUCUGCACUACCCCAACAUCAACAUAUAUGAAAUGUAUGCGUUUCUAUGUUUUGUAGUAAAAAAUAUAGAGGAAGAUAAGUGUUUCCAAUGAUGACAUCGGUGUGCAUCGUGGGACUUUAACCAAUUGUGAGUAGGCGUUGCCUACCAAUUGUCUACUAAUUGGUUGAUGAUGUCAUUGGAAACACAUCUUCCUCUAGGUUUUUUAAUACAAAACAUAGAAAUGUGCCAUUUUCACAUAUGUUGAUGUUGAGGUGAUGCUGGAGAUGAUUAUGAAGUUGAACAUUUUUUUAAAAUGAAGACCAAAAAGCACAUUUUUGUUUUCAUACAUUUUUAUUAUUUUGCCAAAUUUUACUUUGCAGCUGGCCCAUCUAGCGGAAACCGUUCAGUUCUGCCUCCGGGGCAAAACUCAUGACAAUAAAGGUCAACCUGCUCUUAACUCUGUAUCACAGAUCACUUGUACAUGACCCACAGUCUUUUUUACACAUAAAACUCUGGGAUAUUUUUCUAUGUUUGGAAGAGCUCACAAUUUUGAGGAGUAUAUUUUUGGAAAUGCACAGAUUUGUAAAGUCGUUUUAAUUUUUUAGACGUUAUAAAGAGAUAAUAUAUGCUUUACUUUCCAUAUUCAGGUAAAUUAUGUCAAUUUUAUUUGUUUUAUUUUUAUCAGCCAUCUAUCGAUCAAUAUGAAUGGCAGAACAUCCUAAUAUCCAGCAGAGACAUUUACCCAUCUGGAAUGGUCCACUGCCAUCUCCGUCUAGGUAUACAUUUUUAUGCAUUGUUUUGAUAUGUUUUUAUUCCUUGUACACUGCAUAAAAUUGUAUUUAUUACAUUUAAUUGUGUUCAUUAAUGUUUAUUCCUGGUGCAUUAAAAAUAUAAUAAUCUUGAUAGCCUACAACAUUCAAUAAAAAAAAUGUUUGCCCAAGCCAUUGUUUUUCCCAGUUCCAUCAUUACUUGAAAAUGUUUUACAAAAACCUUGUAUAUUAGCAAAUUUGAAGUUGCUUGCCUUUUUCCAUUUUUAUAUAUUUUAUCUCCUUUGAACAUUAUUUUGUGUUAAUUCUGUUGUGAAGGGAAAGAUUACAUCAGUACCUAACCCCCCUCUCUUCCUAGUAUACUAUGGACUUCCUGCAAAAAUUGAAACCAGCACACAUUUGAAAUAUUACACACAAGUACACUGCUCCACAAAUGGACAUUGCUUGAAGCAACGUCUUAUUGUAAUGCAUGGAAUUUCUACAGUAUUUACACUGUUUCAGUUUUUUUGGCCAUGUAGUGUUUUUUUUGCAGUUGGCGAUGAAUGACUUGACAUGAACUUCACUGGAACUAAAAUGUACUGUUCUUUCAAUAAAUAACGCUUACUUUAUUACAA